AUGGCAGGGGCAUGCGCAGCUACCACCUGAAGGGAAGACGGGAUUCCCUUUGGGAAGUAACUUCUCACCUGUUGACAUUCUGAUGGGAUUUUUUUUCAGCUGAAGAACGGCUUGGUCCAGCUCUCUGCACUGCCAACCACAGGGAAGUUUCGCAUUUCAGUAAUCCUCCUGUCAUUUAUCAGUUGGAAGAAGAGCCUUGGGACUCCCUGUGGAGGAAUAUAAAAAAAAAUCUGUGAAGUUUGAACAAGCGGCCUUCUCAAGAUGUACCGAGUCCCGCAACUGAUGUCGACACCAGUAGCAAAUUCUUCCAGAUCAGGAGGAGGACCUUCUGGAAAGUUGUCCCCCACACGCCUUUUCCCAAGCUUUACUUGUGACUUCCUGGACGGAGAGAGUUCUUUUGAAUGCUGCUCCAUAGACCCCCUGACAGGCUCCUACUAUAUCUGCCGCAGAAGCCCCCGACUCCUCACCAAUGGCUACUACAUUUGGACUGAGGACAGUUUCCUCUGUGACCCAGAUGGCCACAUCACACUGAAUCCCUCCCACACCAGUGUGAUGUACAAGGAGAACUUAGUUAGAAUAUUUAGAAAGAAAAGGAGAUCCCACCGUUCUCUUUCUUCACUCUUGGACCCCCGAGCCUCGAAGUCUUGGCUGCAUGGAAGUAUCUUUGGAGAUGUUGAUUCACUCCCAAGUGAGGAUCUCUGGCUGGAGGGAAUCAGGAGCCUUGGAAGUGAUCUAGAUUGUUCUCUGAGUGAUGGCUGGGAGUCUCAGAAGCCAAUCACAGACACAUCAGAAUCUUCUUCUACUGGCCACCUCCUGCUUCAGCCUCUCGGAGAAAGCUCCCAGAGUUCCUCUCUUCAGCUUCAGAUGAAAACAUCAGGACAUUUUGAAAAGAACAUGUUGGUGCAUUCAAGAGCUGGUUUGAUGCAUAAGCUCUCCUUUCAGGCAAUCCUCCUAGCCGUGUGCUUAAUCAUUUCUGCAUGCACAAGAUGGUUUGUGGGAGGAGAAUUAACCAGCAUCUUUACAUGUGCUUUGCUGAUCACAAUAGCUUAUGUUGUGAAGUCACUGUUCCUCAACCUUGCCAGCUAUUUCAAAGCCACCACCUGUGCUAGAUUUGACAGCACUUGAGGAAUACAUGUGAUGAUGAAUGUCCUCCAUCUGGGAACAUUAAUUUGGAGUCUUCUUGGAAUCAACCACUUUAUUGAAAGGGAAUGGAUAACAGAAAAGUUAACUUGACAAUGUUAUUUUUUUAAAAAAAAUCUAAUUUCCACAUGUAAUAGUAAUUGGUUCAUGACAAUAAUAUUAAUGUUCCUUUCUUUCAAAAACACUGUUAACUAAAAAGGAAAGGACAAGAGAAAAUAACAGAGGACAGACCAUUUGGAGUAAUGCUCCCUUGUUGUCUCUAAUUCAGUGGACCUCAAACAUUUAUUUUGAAUAGAGAAUUCUGUGAGAGGCUCGAACCAUGAAUAUCUUAUGUUCUCCAUCAUGCAGAUAUGCCUUGCUAAACUACUUUAACUAAACAAUGCAAACAAGCUUAUAUUAUUCAUAAAAGAUGCAUAGGAAACAGACACCAUUUGUACAUACAAUACAAUAAAUGUAUCCAUUUGAAAAUGUACAUUGAUUUUAGAUGGUGAAAAUAGGUGCUAUGGUUUGCCUCCAGAUGUCCAUGUGUUGAAACUUUGAUUGUCAGUGUGGCAGUGUUAAGAGGUGUUAGACUUUUUAAGAAACAGGGCCAGUGAGAUUUCCUUACAUCUGAGAGAACUUCACUCAGUAUAAAUGGUCAGUCCCUCAAUCUGUCUCUGGCUUUCUGUCCAGCUAUAUGAUCACUUCCUCCCAUAUCCACUGAUGUGAUGCUAUCCCUUUUCAUCACUCAGUAUUCUGCCUUGGAUAUUUUAUUAUAGUAACAAGAAAUAGGCUAAAAGAAAGGCAGACAUUGAUGGGAAAUGAGCAGGGGAGAGCCAUUCCUUGGAUUAUGAAUUCUUUUGUACAAUUUUCCUUACUAGAUUUUUCGUUUUGAUUUCUGGGGAAUAAUGAUCAUCUUUUAUUUAUGUUAUGAUGAAAAUAUGAUAUGUAAAAUUUCUUUAAGUUCAAAAUGAAGGAAAAAUUAGUGUUUUAAAGCACAUGAAAAAGAUAAAGCUGUAGAGUGGACUGAAAGGUUAUAGAAGACAUUGAGUAUUCUAGUCUCUCACCAGGAACUUUCAAAUAUAGCCUGCUAAGGAUGCUCCAUGGUAAGAAACGUCUGUGUAUAAAACUACAUACUUUAAAAUUAAUACCAAAUCAAUCCCUUUUAUAUCUACAAUGGUUAGCAUUCAUUGUCAGCAUGACUAUAUUUAGCAUUACCCAUAUGACUCAAUUCUAGGUUUGUCUACAUAAUUGUCUCUAGAGAGGUUGAAGAGAGAAGACUUACCCUGAACUUGGGUACCAAUAUCCCGUGAGCAGAAUAAAAAGAAUAAAAAUGUCCUUGGCAGAAUAAAAAAGAGGAAGGAAAUAAGAGAGCUGAGCACCAGCACUCACCUUUCUCUCUCUCUUUUUGACUGUGGACACAAUGUGACCAUUUAUUCAGGUUCUGGCGCCUUGUUUUCCUAUCACGGACUGUAUCCCUUUAAACCUUGAGUCAAAUAAACCUUCCAUUCCUUAA